UGUACAGGCCAGCCGAAUUAAUGGUCAGUCAGGAAGUGCCAGGCACACCUCGAUGCACCGAGGAAGCACAUUCGUUAGAUGAACAGAGUACAUCCUAUACAGAAGUGCACAGCCCUAGUAACAUGAAAAAGUCUGAAAUUUCUGGAGUCAUGGCAAAAGCUGACAUCAAACCCAAGUCUAUAUGUCAUGCCAAAAAAUGGUCAGAUGAGGUAGAGAACUUAUACAGAUUUCAGCAAGCUGGCUACAGAGAUGAAGUUGAAUAUAAACAAGUAAAGCAAGUUGAUACGGUAGAGUGUUGGCCAGAAACUGGAUUUGUUAAGAAACUACAGAGAAGGGACAAUACUUUCUAUUAUUACAAUAAGCAAAGAGAAUGUGAAGACAGAGAAGUUCAUAAAGUAAAAGUUUACGUGUAUUAAUCUUGUUUUUGUU